AUUGACAUUGCUUAAAUGCAGAAGUUUUUGUUUAAUACAAACAUGUCUUUUUACUGACGAAAUAUAAAGAUGAUCCGACCGUGACACAGACAUACACGCUAAAGUAUACCCAAUCUCUCUGCCUGUCAUGCUACCCUGAUAAACAGUCCAUAUCGAUACAUGGUUCAGUAUACUAUCCGCAUCAACUUUCGGCGUUACAUGUUAGACAUUCGGAGCAUUACGUUUUUAUCUGUAUUACAGAGUUAGGUAAUCUGAAGGUUAAGUUGAGAAGGAGGAUUGCUGUAGAGGCCAGGUAGUGUCCUGAAGUGACACCAGUGGUUACAAGGUGAUGACCAAGAGAGCUAUGGACCACUACGUGGCGGGGGCCAUGGGAGGAACCGCCGGUUACUUUGUGGGGUACCCACUGGAUACCAUAAAGGUACAGCUUCAGACACAGAGUGUGGGAAAGCGUGGGUUAAUGGCGGCUCUAUCCAACACGUGGAGACAAGGGGUGACUGGAGGAUUUUACCGGGGAAUGUCAUGGCCUCUCUUCUCGACCGGAUUCACAACAUCCGUAUUCUAUGGGGUUUACGGCAAUACACUAACAUUUCUGGAACCAGAGAAGACGAAGCAGAAGUCAGCAUACAGUAAAAUAGUUCUUGCCGGAAGUGUGGCCGGGAUGGCCCAAGGACUUCCGGUCAUUCCUAUCGACUACGUCAAAGUUGUUCUUCAGUCUCAGCUUUCUACACUUGGAGAUAAAUCUGCAACUAAGGUCAACGGUGUGCAUGCGAAUGCAGCCAACAUCCACUACUUCCGUGGCCCAUCGGACUGCGCACGCAGCAUUGUCAAGACGAGUGGAGUGGCAGGACUGUUCAAAGGAGCCACAGCAACGAUACCCCGGGAAGUCAUUUUCUUUGCUAAUUACGGUUUGAUAUAUGAAUGCCUAAGUGACUUCAUCAAACAGAAGAAUUGGACAGAUUCACGCGGUUUUUUUGCAGAUUUUAUCGGUGGUGGUUUUGCAGGAAGUAUUUCUUGGAUUUUCGUGAUACCAUUCGAUGUCAUAAAAAGUCGUUACCAGGCUGACUUUAGGGGUAAAUACGGGAGUCCCGUUGACUGUGCUAUACAAAGCUACCGAACGGAAGGUAUAGGCGUUUUCUACAAAGGUUGUUUGGUCACAUGUGUGCGAGCAUUUCCGGUAUGCGCAGUGUCCUUUAUGGUAUAUGCACAGGUGACUCAGUGGCUGAGAAAUCGUCAAUGAAUGCCAAGUGGACACGAGAUUAAUUUUAACUAUGUUUAUGCGGGGAAAUAUAUAAUAAAAUAUCGGUCUUAGUAGCAGGUGGUUACUCUAUAUUGAAAAUAUUUUGCCGAUAUAAAUAUAAUCUUUCUUUUGUCAUUCUUCCGUCACAACGCAAGCGAACACCUCGAUUAUAACGAUGAAAUCAGAUCGAAAAGCUGAGUUUAUUCCUCUUCUUAGAGGGGCAUUCCUACGUUCGGACAUCAGAAACAUGCACAAUUUCUACUGAUGAAAUCUAUGUCCGAA